AUGAUCCUUUUGCUUUUUGCAUUGAUAGCUGCGGAUAACAUUGAAAUAAAAAGAAGUGAGUUUGAUGUCCUCGAGCUUGGGAAUCAGACAGUGGUGUCUUCAGGAAAUGAAUCAGGCGCAGAGUGGAAUUGGGUCAAAAUAUCGUUUUCUGGAGAGCACAGGUAUGUUCUUAACGAAUACAAGCCAAGGAAAUUUAGACUGAUCGAUGUCACUGAGUAUAUUGAUGAAGUGGAGCAGAUGGUGUUCAGAAUUGACCUUGAGAAGAAGUACUAUGCAAUGAUACCUUCUGCGUGGGUGAUGGUGCUUACAAUUAUUGUGGUCACAGGAUGCAUAUUCUUGAUGCCAAUGAAACGAACAUGGUAUGACAAGAAAUUUUAG